UCAGAAAGUAAGACUCUUUAAGCCUAAAGAUCUCAGCUUUGAGCAUCUGCGCUUGUGAUUGUCAUCAACUUAAAGUUCUUUUUUUUUAUAUAUUUCUCUCUCUAUUCCCAAUUUUCGUGCCUUUGGUUCUGUCGAUCUUCUCCACUGUCAGAUCGGGUUUAUUGUGAUUGAGAUCUCUUAAGUCUUGUGAUCAUGAAUUAUCUUCUUGGAGCAUUCAAACCCGCCUGCAAUGUUUCAAUCACUUUUUCUGAUGGCAAAAAUCGUAAACAGGUACCCAUGAAGAAAGAAAAUGGUCAAACAGCUUUGGUCCCACUUUUCCAGAGUCAGGAAACUCUUUCCGGGAAGGUUUGCAUUGAACCAUAUCAAGGGAAAAAGGUGGAGCAUAAUGGUGUCAAAGUUGAGCUUCUUGGUCAAAUAGAAAUGUACUUUGACAGAGGAAACUUCUAUGACUUCACUUCCUUGGUUCGUGAAUUGGAUGUCCCUGGAGAUAUAUACGAGAGAAAGACAUACCCUUUUGAAUUUCCAACUGUCGAGAUGCCAUAUGAUACAUACAAUGGUGUCAAUGUGCGGCUAAGAUAUGUCCUCAAAGUUACCGUCACUCGUGGCUACUCUGGAAGCAUCGUGGAGUACCAGGAAUUCAUGGUUCGGAACUAUGCUCCACCUCCUCCAAUUAAUAACAGCAUCAAGAUGGAAGUUGGGAUAGAGGAUUGCCUGCACAUUGAGUUUGAGUACAACAAAAGCAAGUAUCACCUAAAAGAUGUCAUCCUUGGCAAAAUAUACUUUCUUCUUGUGAGGAUCAAGAUGAAGAAUAUGGAUCUUGAGAUACGGAGGCGGGAAUCAACAGGUGCUGGUGCUAAUACUCAUGUCGAGACAGAAACACUUGCCAAAUUUGAGUUGAUGGAUGGAACCCCAGUUAGAGGUGAGUCAAUACCUGUAAGACUGUUUCUUGCCCCGUACGAUCUUACACCAACGCAUCGCAACAUUAACAACAAAUUCAGCGUCAAGUAUUAUCUGAAUCUUGUACUGGUUGAUGAAGAGGAUCGCAGAUACUUCAAGCAGCAAGAAAUCACGUUGUACAGGUUGAAGGCAGACACAUCAUCUGUUUGAGUCUUGUGUAAAGCCUUUUAGACUUUUGUGUACUCAGAUUUUAGCUAAAGACUUUGUUAUUUGGGUUUGGAAGUUAGAAUGAAUAGUUUGGUCAUUGAUCGAAGUUGUCUGGAUUCUGGUUUGCUUUUCAUUGGUAAAUGUCUGAAGUUUUACAAACUUAAAAACACAUUCUGGAAAA